AUGUGGUCCGCGUUGCAGAAUCUAUGGCCCUUCUCGGCGUUUACCUACGACGACCUGAGGGCAUCUGAUUUGAUCGUAAAGAAAUUGCCGAUCCCCGAGAGCACGAGGCAUUUCGUCUACGCAAUCCGCGAGCCCGAGUCUGGUGCCGUGAUUUACGUCCUUUCGGCCCAGAAUCUGUCGGAAAGGUCGGCCCUUGACGCCGAGUACCUGAUUCGAGAGGUUAAGCCGGAUGCCGUUGUUGUCCAGGUCGGGCCCUCGAACAAUCCGGAGGCCAGGGAGAAAUUACUGAAAGACUGUAAAAAUGGGUCAAAAGAUGAUGACAAAUGCUUGGACGAGGAUAGCGUGCCUACAUCAGUUUUCGAGGUCCUGAAGAGAUGUUUCACUCACAAGGUCAACCGGGAGAAGUAUGAGGAUGUGGCCGGAAACCUGGUGCUGAGGGAGAUUUUCGGCGUGAGCUUUAAUGGCCACUUUACGGCCGCCAAGAAGGCUGCCGAUGAGGUCGGGGCCUCAUUCUUGAUUCUCGAGUCGCCAUUCGUGAAAUGCAGCACGAGUGAAUGUGAUCUGGAUGAAGAAGGGGAGUCUUUGAAUUUAGGAGCUGCCUUCCAGAGCCCGUUUGGGCUGCAACCAAGUGGCUUGGCCUCGGGAAGAAUGGGAAGCCCAAAUGUCUCUCUAUCAUCUAAGGCUUUCCAUAUUGCAACAGAUGCUGUCCAGUCUCGGAUGGUGAAGUUGUUGUCGUCCUAUUUGGCCAGCUUGAGCCCUCUGUCGAGCCCUGAAUGCGAGAAUAUCCGGCCUGAAGACAAUUACGCGGUCCCCCAGUUUGCAAAAUGCGUGUAUCCAUUGCUGGUGGACUUGCACGACAUAUUUGUUGAAAUCCCGUCUAUGAAAAUGGCACUGGCCAGUGCUCAGAAAUUGCUCUAUGAUGUCAACAAGGGCGAAAUUGUCGACAACCGAAUUCUCUCGGAAGUUUAUGCAUUUCAAAUUGCGGUCGAGGGUUUGAGGAUCGCCCUGAAUAAUGCCGGUCGGAUGCUGCUGAGGAACUCGGUCUCGAACCAUUGUGAGUUCUGUGACCUCCCCAUGGAGGACAAGUCCCAUGCCAUCCUUGCCCAUGCCCUUCGCAGCCAGACCAAGAAUUACAAAUCCAUAGUGGCCAUAAUCGAUGCGAGUGGGCUAGCUGGGCUAAGAAAGCACUGGAACACCAACAUACCUUCGGAUGUCAAAAACACAGUUGAUCAGCUUGUCACCACCUUUGAAGAUGGUGACUUCCUUAACAAUGGUGGGAAAAAGUGGAUUUUGGCCGAUAAGCCCGUGGUGGCCAUGGGGGCUGGGGCCACCGCAGCUGUUGGGGCUUCCUCUCUCUCGAAAGUCAUUCCGGCCUCGACCUUCGUCAAGAUGGCGACCCUCCACCUGCCCUCGUCUUUGAAGCUGAUCCUGACCCAGACACAAAAGGCCUUCCUUUUCGCAUUCGGGCCAACCAAGGUGGCGGCCCCCGGGUUCAAAGGGGCGACUACCAAGGCAGUCUUGUCAGCGGAGAAGAUCCGAGCAGUGGCCCACAGCAUGAUCGCGUCUGCAGAAAAGACAAGCCUCUCGGCUAUGCGAACGGCAUUUUACGAGAUCAUGAGGAAGAGGGGGGCUCGGUCGAUCGGGUUCAUGCCGUUUGCGACAUUCGGGGGCAGCAUAACAACCUGCGCGGGCCUGCUCAUAUAUGGGGAUGGGAUCGAGUGUGCUGCCGAGUCAUUUCCGGCUGCCCACUCCAUUGCAAGCCUGGGACGCGGAAUACAGAGCCUGCAUGAGACGUCCCAGGUGGUAGGGCCCGCUGAGCGGUCAAGGAUACAGAAGUCGAUUGAAUCGCUGUUGUACAAGUGUAAGAAUCUGAAAAUUCAAAGAUGA